CCUGGGAACAAGAUGCAACCACCGCGCCGCCGUUGCGGCCACUACCACCUCCUCCUCUUCCUGGUCCUACUGCUGCCCUCGCCGUCCCUGGCCCACGCCCCGGCGCCCCCGGGCCCUGCUGCCGCCCUACUCCAAGCUCUUGGGCUGCGCGAAGAGCCCAGGGGCGCUCCCACGUUCCGGCCGGUGCCUCCGGUCAUGUGGCGCCUGUUUCGCCACCGCGACCCUCAGAUCAGGGCAGGCUGGCGACGGACGCCCUCGGGGGCUACCCUGCGACCGUGCCACGUGGAGGAGCUGGGGGUCGCCGGAAACAUCGUGCGCCACAUCCCGAAUCGUGGUGCGCCCACACGGAUCCCAGAGCAGGUCUCGGCCUCAGGGAUGUGCCCCGAGUGGACCGUUGUCUUCGACCUGUCGGCAGUGGAACCCGCCGAGCGCCCGACGCUCGCCCGCCUGGAGCUGCGCUUCGCGGAGGUGGGGACAGGGACGACAGGCCCCGCAGACCGCUGGGAGCUGAGCGUGGCGCUGGCGGGUGAGGAGGCUGGCGCAGGUCCCGGGCCGGUGCUGCUCCGCCAGGAGGUGCCCGCCCUAGAGCUGCCAGUGCGCGCCGAGCUGCUGGGCAUCGCCUGGGCUCCUAAUGCCUCGGCGCCGCACAGCCUCCGCCUGGCGCUGGCACUGCGUCCCCCGGCGCCAGCUACCUGCGUGCGCCUGGCAGAGGCCUCCCUGCUGCUGGUGACUCUUGACCCGCGCCUGUGCCACCCUCUAGCCCGGCCGCGGCGCGAGGCCGAACCCACGUCGGGCGAUGGCCUUGGGGGCGUGUGCCGCGCGCGGCGGCUCUACGUGAGCUUCCGCGAGGUGGGCUGGCACCGCUGGGUCAUCGCACCGCGUGGCUUCCUGGCCAACUACUGUCAGGGCCAGUGCACUCUCCCCGCCGCAUUGCCGGGACCCGGCGGGCCGCCCGCCCUGAACCAUGCGGUGCUGCGCGCGCUCAUGCACGCGGCCGCCCCGGGUGCCGCCAGCCUGCCCUGCUGCGUGCCCGCACGCCUGUCGCCCAUCUCUGUGCUCUUCUUCGACAACAGCGACAACGUGGUUCUACGGCACUACGAAGACAUGGUGGUGGACGAGUGUGGCUGUCGCUGACCAGGGGCAGGCGGGCAGGGGGAGCUGUGGCGUGGGUCCAACAAUAAACUCCUGGUGGUCUGCUCUGCUGGUCUUGUCACCUGACUGGGGAGGGAUGCGACCUCUGCUGCCUACGUGCACUAGGCAAGAGUCCCAUGGUGGCGCCAUCAGCCCAGUCCUCCUCCGUCCCAACUGCCCCCAAUCUCCAGGUGAUCCACAGGCCGGAUGCUAUCCAGAGGAGGGGCAGAAGCAGGGCCUCCCCUGGGGAACCCUCUGCCCACAGCUGGGCCCUCAAACCCCUCCCAUCCAGCCAGCUCCCCAGUCCAGCGGCGCCCUCCCACCACGGCCCUGCAGCUCACCAGGCCCCACGUGAAAGCAAGAGCGGUUUAUUAAUGUUUUAUUGGUGACAAAAGAGCUUAAAACAAAUUGACCAAAAAUCAAGUUACAUCGCCUUGGUACAGAUGCUCUUCAGUUUGUGAAACUCAGAAUGCUGCUAGAAGGUGGAGGACAAAGCAAAGGGCGCGCGGCAGAGGCAAGGCGUUCCAGCCGAGGCGGGACGCGAGGGUCAUGGGGAACCUACCCAGAUC